AUGUACCGCCUCCGCGAGGAGCGCAACAUCAGCCCGCAGACCAUGGCAAACCUCGUGUCUUCAUCGCUGUAUGAGAAGCGCUUCGGCCCAUACUUUAUCAGCCCGGUGAUUGCGGGCAUCAACCAGACUAGUGGAAAGCCGUUCAUUUGCGGGUUCGAUAGUAUUGGGUGCAUUGACUUCGCAAAAGACUUUAUUGUCAGCGGGACGGCGAGCGACCAGCUAUUUGGUACUUGUGAAGGACUGUGGGAGCCAGAUUUGGGCCCAGAAGACCUCUUCGAGACCAUCUCACAAGCGCUGCUCAACGCUGUCGACCGAGACGCACUAUCUGGCUGGGGAGCACACGUUUACAUUAUUGAGAAGGACAAGGUCACCAAGCGGUUACUCAAAGGAAGGCAGGAUUGA